AUGUUCGUCGAUAUUAUCUUCGCCCUCUUCGUGAUCGCCGCCGUUGGCUACUUCUUCUACUACUUCGUCCUGCCGCGACCCAGCACCAUCCUCAAGGAAUUGGCCGGCAAUCGUCUUCGGAUUGAGUUCGUGUCCCCGCCCAUCCCCUCCACCCCGCUCCAGACCGUCUGGUUCAACAUUUUGGGACUGCUGGACCGCGAGGGCUAUGGCCAGAGCCUCGAGACCGCACUGCGGGAGCUGGGCCAGCUCUUCACCGCCGACCCCGACAGCGUCCGCGAGUUCCUCGCCCUCAAGGACGAGGAGGCCCUCACCAAGUUCCUCAAGUUCGUUGGCUGCACCGCCUUUGAGUUGUCGAAGAAGAAGAGGGUCGAGCAGGACCUCAAGAACCUCGACGCCGUUCUGGCGUGCGUCCGCACCAUCAUCGCGACCGAGGAGGGCAAGCAGGCUGUGGCGGACGUGAAGGACGCCCUGUACGACGUCUACCAUGCCACCUUCUACUCGCCCGCCGCCACUCAGGCCGUUGCGUUCGCCAUCCUGCGGGACAUGCUCCACCACUCGGAGAAGGCCUACAAGGAGAUUGUGGAGUCGAUGGAGGACCUCAUGUACAACCCCAUCAAGGAGGAGUUCCUCCUCGCCCAGCUCUUCGAGCGCCUGGCCAACACCGACUCUGUGCCUCUUCUGACUGCGGCUGUGAGCUUCGUCGACGCUCUGCUCAAGUCCCCGCACGCCGGCGAGUACUCGGCCAUGUUCAGGCACCACUUCGAGGAGAGGGGCGUCCAGGAGAAGCUCCAGACCAUCAGUGGCCAGCACAGCGAGGUGCAGGCGCCCAUUGACUCCCUGGUCGCCGAUCUCUCCGAGGGCGACAAGGCCGAGCCCUCGUUCCACACCACUCCCCAUGAUACGAUGAGCAACUACAGCCACAUGUUCAAGUCGCGCAUCCGCUUCUUCUCCCGCGUGCUCGGCUGCCUCUACACCGUGCUCCCUGGCGUUCUGCCGGCCAAGAUGAAGCCCAUCUCAGAUGAGGUCCGCAUGGCUUCCAUCAUGCGCAUGAAGAACCUGAGGGACAGCAAGCGCACGGGCAGCUUCACGCCCGAGGAGGUCCAGUCCAUGAACCGCGAGAUGUCCGCCCUCACCCUGGGCGUCGAGCCUGCCUUCUUCGACGAUAUGAUGAAGCGCGGCAUGUUCUCGGAGACGCGCAGGUUCGUCGAUCAAGCCGAGGCCAUCGAGAACUGGAACCACGAGGAGCUCCUGCAGGCCGGCCGCAACGUGUGGACCUGCUUCGGCCUCCAGAUGAUCAUCUACAACGAGGAGGUGCGGCUGCAGGACGCCUACGUGGGCUACUCCCUGCUCUACCCCUACACCGACAACUACCUCGACGACGAGACCAUCCCCAAGGAGACCAAGCUCACCUUCCAGAACCUGUUCACGCAGCGAAUCGCUGGUCAGGACGUCAAGGCCCGCUCGGCGCUCGAGCAGAAGAUCUGGGACAUGGUGUCCCUCGUCGAGAAUGUGUACGACAGGACCAAGUUCCCCGAUGCGUUCAACUCGAUGAUCUCCAUCAACGAAGCCCAGACCCGCAGUCUCGCCCAGCACAGCAAGAUCUCCCUCUCCGAGGAGACCCUCACCGACAUCACGAUGGAGAAGGGCGGUACGUCGGUGAUCGCCGAUGGCUACCUCGUUCACGGUGUGAUGACCGAGGAGGAGGCGCUCUUCGCCUUCGGCUUCGGCGUGUGCCUGCAAUUGGUCGACGAUUUGCAGGACACCCUCAAGGACACUGAGGUCAACCACCAGACGCUCUUCACCUAUGGCUGGACCAGGAAGCAGUCCGCUGACGUGAAGGCCUACAAGGCGUUCCAGCUGCUGUACCUGUUCAUCGAUCCCGACCACUACGACAUCGACGAAAAGGGAAGCGACCUGCGCGGCGCGCUGCUCAAGAUGACGCACACCAUCAUGCUCAAGGCCAUCGCCAAGUACUGCUACAUCUUCACCGAAGCGUUUGUCGAAGCCUUGGCCCAGUUCGCCCCCAUCCCCAUCCAGCAUCUCCAACGUGUGAACAACAUGGCGCGGAUGCUGCAAAUGGUGAGGAACAACCAAAUCUAG